GUUGCGUGGUUAGGGGAGCUUUAAGCUUUGGCUUCUUCUUCCUCUUCAAAACUAGCAUUACCUUUUCAAAAAAAUCAUUACAAAUUCUCACACGCAGUGCAAAAAAGCUCUCUUCUUGAAAAAACCACUCAAUAGUUUCCUCUUCAUUUGCAUCAAAUCAAUUUCAUUUUGUCACACAUUUCACACCAUGCGCAUUUCUUGAACUCAUUUACAUUGUUCCCACUUUUUUCAGCACCAAAAAUCAAUGAACACACUUUCAAAAUCCCUUCUUUUAACCCUUCAUUUCUUGACAACUUUAAAAUAAUCCCUUCAAGUUUCUUGUUUUUUAGCAUUGCUUUACUUCAAUUAACUCCUCUCACAGAUCUGUUAAAACCCCAUUUCUUGAAAAAUGGUGGCAGAGCCUUGGUGUUUGAGGAUGGGAAAUCAGGUAAGUACAAAUGUGAAAAAACACUCUUUACUUAUUGAUAAUUCAAGAAAGUUAACUAUAAAGAAACAAAGCCAACAAGAAAAGCAAGUUAUAGGUAUAUUAUCAUUUGAAGUUGCUAAUAUGAUGUCUAAGAUUAUUCAUCUUCACAAAUCUUUAACUGAUUCUGAGAUUUUAAAGGUUAAAAAUGAGAUCUUUAAGUCUAUAGGGAUAAGGGCUUUAGUUUCUGAUGAUGAAGAGAAGCUUUUAGAAUUAGUACUUGUUGAAAAACUUGAUGAUUUAAAUAGAGUUGCUAGUGUAGUAUCUAGGCUUGGAAAAAAAUGUACUAUUUCUCCUUUACAAGGGUUUCAACAUGUGUAUGGGGAUAUUAUAUCUGGUGUAAUUGAUGUGAAGGAUUUGGGAUUUUUGGUUAAAGAUAUGGAAGGGAUGGUUAGGAAAAUGGAAAGGUAUGUGAAUUCUACAGCAAGUUUGUAUUGUGAAAUGGCAGUUUUGAAUGAAUUGGAAGUUGCAACAAAGAAAUUUCAGCAGAAUCAGCAUGAGGAGAGUCGAAAAGCUUUCGAGCAGAAGCUUGCUUGGCAGAAACAAGAUGUGAAGCAUUUAGAAGAUGUUUCACUUUGGAAUCAAACUUAUGAUAAAGUUGUUGAGCUGUUGGCUAGGACUGUGUGUACCGUAUAUGCUCGGAUUAGUACUGUGUUUGGAAGUUCCCUCAUAAAGAGAGACCUUUUAAGGAACAACAAUGGUAGCUGUCGAACAGGGCCAAUUGAGAGAGGAGUGUCGGGAAAGAGGAGCAUAAAUGAUAAUACUCAAACGAAGAUUGGAAGAAAUGAAGGGAGCCUAUUUGGUACCGAGAAUUUUAAUUUUGCUUGUGGAAUGGGACCGGGGAGGCUAUUCAUGGAAUGUCUAAGUUUGAGUCCAACUUCACGAACGGAUGUUGAUAAUGAUCUUGGGACUGAUGAUAGAAGUAGUCAGAUAUCCGGAUGUUGUAGUGUUUCAAGUGGUACGAAGAGAGAGCAAUCUAACAUUUCUGGUAGUGUCCGUUUAAGCGGAGAUGCUAGACAGCUAAAGAGUUUUGUGUCCGCCGCUGCAAAACAUGGUCCCACAAGUAGGAUAACGCUGUAUGCUCCUCCUACAACAGUCGGAGGCUCUGCUUUAGCCUUGCAUUACGCAAAUGUGAUUAUUGUUGUAGAAAAGCUGCUUCAGUACCCGCAUCUGGUUGGUGAUGAAGGGAGGGAUGAUUUGUAUCAGAUGUUACCGACAAGCUUAAGAAAGACCUUGAAGGCUAGUUUGAGAUCUUAUAUGAAAGGAUUAGCCAUAUAUGAUGCGCCUCUCGCGCAUGAUUGGAAAGAGAGACUUGAAGAGAUACUCAAAUGGCUUGCACCUUUAGCACAUAAUAUGAUCAGGUGGCAAAGCGAGCGGAACUUUGAGCAGCAGCAGAUUGUUAAGAGAACUAAUGUUCUCCUGCUUCAGACAUUGUAUUUUGCGGAUUGUCAGAAGAUGGAGGCAGUAAUUUGUGAGAUUCUUGUCGGAUUAAACUACAUAUGCCGGUUUGAGCAACAGCAAAAUGCUUUAUUGGACUGCACCAGCAGCAUCGAUUUUGAAGAUUGUAUGGAGUGGCAAAUGCAAUUUGGAGGUUCUUUUCAUUCGUGAUCACAUCGUUCUAAUUGGAACACGUAGUGUGGUAAUAUUUUAAUUUGAUGAAUUUGUAUGGUAGUUUAGAAUUUAGUUCGACACGAUGCCAACAUCAGAGAUCCAGACAUUAGACAGAUGUCUAAUGUCGGGAUCUCUGAGGUUGAUUUAAAUAUUUCAUUGCAAGGACUUCAGAAGUACAUAUUUAUGCAGCUCCACUUAAUUGCAGUUUAAGUUGUAUAUGUUUUUCCUUAUUUCUUAAUCCAUUUCUAUUGUUAGCAAGGAUUGAGAUAGUCAGCAGAUUAUCUUUUUUUUUUUUUUGGUUGAGGUAAAGGUACUUUAGUCAGCAGAUUA